AUGGCUGGCCGUAUCCAUCGCGUUACCAUGUUCAAACUGCCGGACGCCGCAGACCAGCAGAAGCUGAUUGAGUUGUACAAGACGCUCGCGAAGAAUCAAACGAAGGACGGUAAACCGUACAUUCUAUCUCUGAACGCUGGGGUUGCCAAAGACGACCCUCGCUCAAAGGGCUUCACGGUGGUCUGUAAGACUGAUUUCGCCAGCCUGGAUGACAUGAAGUACUACGAUGACAAGUGCGAGGCUCAUGCUGCACUGAAGGCCUCCGCAAGGAGCCUGGGCAUCCAGGGAGGCCCGGAGGGUAUUAUGACAGUUUAUUUCGAGGCUGGUGUCUCUGCUUGA